AUGAGUACUGGUUUAAAAUGUUCGUCAUGUGGUGCUUCAAAUAGUAGUACAUCAAAGUUUUGUACAUCGUGUGGCAACAAAAUGGCGGUGACAACAACGGCGGCAUCGUCACCAACAGCACCAUCAAAAUCAUUUUUAGCGCCAACGAUUUCAAAAGUUACAGUUACCACAACUACAACAACUUCAAGUAGACCAGCAUCAACAAUAGUUAAACCAUCACACUCAACUACAACAACAACAACAACAAGUAGACCAGCGUCAACAAUUGUUAAACCAACAACAACCACAACAGCAUCAACAGCAUCAACUACACCAACAAAAUCGAUUUUAAAACCAACCACACAUGUAACAUCACCAUCAACAACAACAACAACAACAACAAAUAAUAAUACAAUCCCAUCAAAAUCAAUUUUAAAACCAGUUUCUACAACUGUGUCUACACCUAAAACAACAGAACCUUUAACAAGACCAAAAUCUCACACAAUUUCAGUUGGUACAGGUAGUAAGCCAACCACCACCACUACCACAUCAUCACCAUCAUCAACAUCAUUUGUAAAAAUGGCAGCAAAGAGUAGAGAAAGUUUAGAUAAUCAAGCACAAAGAGAUACAAUGGUACUUCAAGGUUCUACAUCAACACCUUUACCAUCUUCAAAAAGUACUUUACAAAUUAAGAAACCAACAACAACAACAACAACAACAACACCACCAACAAGUAGACCAGCAUCAAUGUCAGUAUCAGUAUCAACACCAAAACCAAUUCCAUCCACCACCACUACAAUCAAUAAAACGACAGCAACAACAACAACAACACCGAAUAAAACAAGUUCAUCACCAUCAUCACCAUCAUUAAUUGAUAAACAAAAAGAGGCGGAAAGAUUAGAAAAACAAAUUCAAAUUGAAAAAGAGAAAUUCCAUCAAAAAGAGAGAGAAAUUGAACAAAAUCGUCAACAGCAAUAUGAAAAAGAGAAACAAGUUGAACGUGAAAAACUUGAACGUGAAAAAGAGAAACUAAUUCAAAUUGAACGUGAGAAAUUCGAACGUGAAAAACAACAACAACAAGACAAAGAUGAACGUGAAAAACAUAAACAACAUGAAAAAGAAGAGCGUGAAAAACAUAAACAACAUGAAAGAGAAGAACGUGAACAAGAAAAACUACAUCAAAAACAAUUGGAAAAAGAACGUGAACAAGAAAAGCUACAUCAAAAACAAUUGGAAAAGGAAGAGAAAGAGAAACAACAUCAAGAACGUGAAAAAUUAAAACAAUUUGAAAAAGAUGAAAAAGAAAGAAUUAGAAAAUUAGAACGUGAAAAAUAUUUUUCAACACCACAACCACAAACAACCAGUAAUUCAAUAAAUCCAACACCAUCAUCACCAUCAAUUUCUUCACCAUCAUUAAUUGCUAGUGGUGGUAGUAUUAACAACGGCAACAACAACAACAGUCACAAUGAUAGUGGUGACGAAGAUUCAACAACUACAAUCGCAACAACAACAACAACAACAACAACAACAACCAAUAAAAAGAAAAGAGAUAAAGAAAAACAAAAAUCAAGAAUAUUUUCAUUAUUUUCCAGAAUAAAAGAUGAUGAAGAAAAUGAUGAAGAUGAAUUAGUAAUAUCAAGUCCAUCAUCACCACCACCACCAUCAUCACCUACAGUAUCACCAACACCUGAUAAUCCAAACCAAUCAUCAUUUAAUAUUUAUGAAAAGGAUAGUGGUGAUAUUAGGGAUAGUGGUGAUUUUUCAAAUAAUGGUGGUACUAUUGGUGAAGGUCAAUUAAGAAAAUGGGCUAUUAAAAGGAAUGAAUUACAAAAAUCUGAAGGAAAUUUAUUUGCACCAUCAUCACCAUCACAAACCUCACUUUCUGGUGCAGGUUUCCCAAUUGGUUCACAUAGUCCAAAUAGUAGUAGUGGUUCAUUGAAUUUAGCAUUAAAUGGUAAUGGUAAUGGUUGUAGUAAUAAUAAUUUGGGAGCUACUACAUCACCAUUACCAAUAUCAUCAUUUAUACCAUCAUCAUCACCAAUGGUUGGUAAUAAUAAUAAUUCACCAUCAGGAUUUCAAAUGGGAACAUCACGUAUAUCAUCACCAAAUCCACCACCAGAUUUACCAAAUAAUUUACCACAAGCCAUUGAACAACGUGAUCGUGUAAUUGAAGAGAUUAUAGUGACAGAAGCCGAUUAUAUUAGAGAUUUAGAGAUUAUGGUUUGGUUAAAGAAAGAGAUGACAAUUCAUGACAAUGAUACAACCAAAGGUAGUACAUUGGAAGAAAUUAAUUCAUUAUUUAGUAAUGUUGAACAGUUAUUAUUGGUAAAUAAAGAAUUGUAUAAAAAGUUUUGUAAUUUUGAUAAUUCAUUCAAUACAAAGGUUGAAGAUGGUGGUGAUGGUAGUGAAAAACCAUUGUCAUUUAUAGACCAUAUUGCAAGUGGAUUCGUUAGUAUGGCAGAUUUCUUAAAGUCUUAUUUCGUUUAUUGUAGUAAUCAACAAAAGGCGUUAUCAACAUUCUCUGCAUUAAAGGGUAAAAAUUGUACAUAUUUAGCAUACCUAUUGACAAGAAGAGAAUGUAGGUCAUUACCAUUCGAUAGUUUCUUAAUUAAACCAGUUCAAAGAGUUUGUAAAUACCCAUUAUUAAUUAGAGAGCUAAUUAAAACCACACCACAAGAUUCCAAAUCCUAUGAGAAUUUAAUUAAUGCUCAAAGUAAAAUUGAGAGUAUUGUAUUCGCUGUCAAUGAAAAGAAGAGAGAAUUUGACUCACAAAUGAAAAUGCUUGACAUUCAAAAUGGAAUCAUUGAGUCUGGUGACACCACCACAAAGAUUCUAUCACCAAGUAGAAAGUUAAUAAAAGAGGGUUCCAUACAAAGUUGGGGUUCAACCAUACCAACUGGUACACGUGAUUUCAUUUUCAAAAAGAAGAAUAAAGAAGGUUACUAUUACCUCUUUAAUGAUCUUUUUUUAUAUGCUGAAAUUAAAAAUGAUAAUUCAAUUAAAGUCAAAUCUGAAAUACCUUUUGAACAUUCUGUAAUUUGUGAUACAUUACUCGAUAAUUGUGCAUUUGAUAUUAAAAACAAAAAUCUAUGGUGUAUGUUCUCUUUAGAAACCCUUGAAGAAAAACAAUUAAUUUUUAAAGAAAUUGAAUCUCAAAUGUUAUCUUAUCAAGGUCUAUUACAAGAAUAUCAAAAAUAUGUUGAUGAUAGAAAUUGUACUUCUGGUAGUAGUAGUAGUAGUAGUAAUAAUAGAAAUUCAACCAUUUCAAAUAAUGGCUCCACUGCUUUAACCAAUGGUACUAGUAGUAGUAAUUUAUCAUUAUCUUCAAAUUCUAUAACUUUAAAUGGAGCUUCAUCUUCAUCAUCUUCCUCUGAAUUAUUAUCAAUUGAAGAAUGGAAAUUAUUAGUUAAAAAUAAACCGUUACCUGCAUUACCCACAACUUCAAAUAAUAAUAAUAGUAAUAAUAACUCGCCAUCAAUAUCCAGAAUUAAUAAAGCAUUACCAACUCCUCCUCCACCACCAUCAAAAAAUUAA